UAAAGAACGACAGUAGUCGCCCGCUAGAGGUUAUAAAUUUUAAAACGGAUAUCAUAAUGAUCCAAUAUCACGUGCAUUGCGCCGAACGGGCCAUACCAUUCAGUGCGCAACUAUUUGAAACAAACUGGAUUACACGAUAAAAAGCAAUUCAAACACUAACACGCUCAAUGGUUUCUCAUUUUAAAUUUUUAUCGCUCGGGUAAAAGAAGAUACAAAGAGAAGAUAAUGAGUGUAGAAUUCAAUAAAAAUCUACAAAUAAGGAUGAAUCUAUCAGAACGUACAUCCAUAUUUUCAAAGAGGGUACAUCCUAUAAUAUGCUUGCAACUGGUCGUGCUGGGUUAUUUACAGUUUAACAUCUUUACGUUUGUAUCUCUUUCAAAAUGAUGGAAUGCGGUGGAAGUAUAUUGGAGAACAAGACAUUUC